UAGUUCCAGGAAUAUCUAUAUCUUAGCAUAAAUAAUCAAGUUGUAUUCUGAGGCCGUGAGGUUGUGUUCUUGUUCUUGGCAUCUAGUGAAGUUCCAUCGAUUCUUUGCUUUCGUUUAAGACAAGAGGACAAACAUGGGUGGAAGUGAUUCAAAGAUCGUUUAUGAAACUGUUGACAGAAGUGAUCCUAGGGCACGCCAACUUGGAAUACGAGCAGCAAGAGAGGAAAAUGACAGAAAGGUCAGGGAGAUGGAGGAAGAACUACGUCAGAUGAAAGAAAGAGAGCUCAGCUCAGCUUUAGAAGACGUGAGACUCCAAAACCUGAGAGACGCUCACGGUCGAGCAGAAGCAAAGAGAAGAGAAGAAGAGCUCAAGGCUGAACGAUUGAGGGAGGAAAAGGAACAGAAAGAAAAGAUUGCUUGUAUCAAGAUGAAGCAGGAACUCCUGACGUACAAAUUUGGCAAUAAAUUAUCACUGAAAACCUUUGAAAGUGAAGGACUAGACGUCAGUGAUAUGAAGAGAGUCGUGUUUGCUCUGUUUGGCCCUACUGGCUCAGGAAAAACAAGCUUCAUUGGCACAGCAGAGAGGGUCCUCCUGGGGUCUCAUAACCAAACAGCGUUUGAACAAGGUGCUGGUGAAGAGGGAACAGUGCUUCUGCAGGAGUUUCUGUCAGCAUUAAACAUUAACCUCCUGGAUACAAGAGGUUUUUGGGACAUCAAUAACGACACUGCAUCUGAAUGCCUCAAUAUUAUGACCGGCAAGACACGAGAAAGUGACGUCAUUGUGCGUAACCAUGACACCGAGGAGCUUGGCGAGRGAGCUGAUGUUUCUGCUCGAUCUGUGGCUAAAUUUGGAGAACAAGUCCACGCUGUGAUUUUCGUGAUACAGGCCCAUGAUAGACGAUUGAAGGAAGGGAUGUAUCUGGAAAGAAUGAAGAAGAUUAGAGAUCACUUCAGGUUUGAGGGCCACAGUCCCAUCACAGUCAUCACGUGUGAAGACAAAAUCAAGAAUGACGAAGACAGAGAAAUUGCCUUCGAAGAAGCCUCUGCUGCCACAGGGAGCCCAAUAGACAGGACUUUCUUCAUCACUAACUAUACCAGCCAGAAGAAUGUCUACUCUCUACAGACCGAGAAACAAGUCUUGGAUAUCUUGGAUACCGCUCUACUCUCUGCUGAGAGGUUCGUGCUGAUUCAGAAGCUGCGGGAAAUGCAUCAUGGGAGAUCGGAGGGCGCAGGAGCGAGCAGUGGAAGUGCUGUGAAUAAAACAGUCAGGCAAUUUUUCAAGCAUCUUCAGGUUAAAUAUGACUGGAACAGCGAUAGAGUUGCCGCCAUCAUUGAACAACUGGAGAAAGAAGAAAUCAAAACAGUAGAUACCCUGAAAGCAAGCUGGGAUGAUGUGAAGAAAGAAAUAAAGAUGACAAUUGGGAUAAAACAAGGAGUAGAGAAGGCUCUAAGAGAUAUCAAUUAAGGGAACAGUCAUUAUAUGGAAGUCGAUCCCAACCUAAUAGCAUUCAUGUUUUACGGCUACUCCCUUCAUUCGUUUAAAAAAUCAGUUUUACCAAUUUUCUCGUUUCUGAUUGGCUAACAUUUUCUCUAGAUCAGCUGCUGCCAAUAUGGCUGCCGCAUGAAAAGGUUCUUUGGGUAUACGUUUUUACAGUAAGACAUAUACCCUAUUCAAACCUAAAAGUGUUUAGUUAAACUAUGUUUUCCUUAGGAAAAAAAUUGAGAAACUAGAAACCUACAAUAUAAUAAAGAUUAAUAAUAAGUUUACCUGGACACCCGAAAAGAUAGAAGAYCUUUUGGCUUAUGUUAAAGAGUACAAGUCCAACUGUGACUUCAAAGGAAUUGACUUUGAAGCCGAUCUUUCCUCCUUGUACACAGAGGGUUAACCCUAGGCCUAGGGUUGCAAAUUAUGAUGUAGACGCUCGGUAUCUUCAGCCCCACCAGGUAGGGUGACCCUAUCCCCUAGGGGCACCCUUUUCCCAUGUAAACAGGCCCUAAAAGAACAAGCGGCGUGACAGAAAUGAAAAUCCCAAGAAUAUCAAUGAAAAAUAAUAAGUAACAAAUGACUAUCUAAAAUACAACUUCCUUGAGUUUUUCGUGUAGACAAUUGUAAUUUUUUGUCAAAAUUUUCUGCCCAAUUAAGCUGAGCUCGUUGGUUGACUGACAUUUACACUUUUUAUGCUUAAUAUUCUUACCAUCCCACCCCACCCUCCCCUCCCAUCUAAAAUCUUAGGCCGUUCAGGUCAUGUUUUCAGUCUUGAAUAAUAGAAUUUGAACUUUAAAGCUGUAAUGAAAAUAAAAUAUUUAGAAAGAUGAUCUCUAAUAUUUCCUUCGGUUGUGGCUUCCCUGAGCACAUGUAGCCCAAGCUUGGUUUUUGUGGUGUCAUGUUAUAAUGAAAUGUAUGGGUAUUCAUCACAAAAUGUCAAUAAAAUCAUUAAAACUUGAAA